AUGUGCAUGGACACACAAUACGGUAUAAUGUACAGUCCUAAUCUCUGGGACUGGUUCAUCGCGUUCAACCACCCGAAGGACGUGUGGAGAAGGCAGCCGACGUACCUGAUCUCAGAAUACACAUAUUACUUGGGUGGACUUCUCACCUUGAUCCAUGCGUUGCGGAUGGGAGGUCGUUACAAGUAUUUAUGGCUCGCUUCGUUGCUGCACGGACUCUUCGUGGAGAAUAUUUGCUUCUGGUUUCCGGAGUACAUUGACAACUACUGGCAUUCUCAGACAACGGUUGUUCUGCUCGGCCGCCGGCUUCCACUGCACAUCAUUUUCCUUUAUCCGACUUUCAUCUACACGGCAUCUGCAAGUGUGGCGCGACUGCGUUUACCAAAAUGGGCUGAGCCAUUUGCAGUCGGCCUGACGGUGGUGCUCAUCGACAUUCCAUACGACACUACUGCGGUUCGCUUUCUGCAUUGGGCGUGGCACGACACCGACGCGAACAUCUACGACAGACAUUAUUGGGUGCCAUGGAACUCGUACUAUUUCCACGCUACCUUCGCCGCGGCUUUCACCAUUUUGCUGAACUUCUAUCGCAAACUCGUUACCAAGGAGGAAGACAGGAACGUGACAGCUUCGUGCGGGAAGGAGGUUCUUUGCUCUUUCCUCGUCGGGGUGACUGCGAUGCCUCUGGGCGUUCUCAUGUUCGUUCCAGUAUACCACCCAUUGCACGACUUGUUCGGAAUUCACAACGAAAAUUGCUUCUUCAUUAUCUUGGUCAUCUUCCUCACGAUCGUUUGGAGAGCCGAUCGCCACGCUGGGCAAGCAUCGCGUCCACAAAAAGGCGUUUCGAAUGGAUGGAUCAACGAGCUGGUGUUGCUUCUACUCGUUCACUACUCCGUUUACCUCGGCUGCGUUUCUCUUGCUGAUCCUGGGAAAGAAGUUUCAGUAGGGAUGCAUGAAGUCACCGGACCUUGCCAUGAGAAGGUUUUCAUCCCAACGAUUCUCGGAAUUGAUUUACCUCGUCGAAAAUACUUCUGCACGUCGGACUACGACGAAGGAUACUUCGACUUUCAUUGCUUGCCAGGCGGAAGAGCGCCAGCUGAUGGACUGGAGUGGUACACGAUCUGUGGCGUGCCAUUCGCAAACAGAAUGGAAUACAUCGCCAUGGAGGCCCUCAUAUUUUUCCUGGCGCUCAACGUGUUCUUCCAGAUGCAUUACGCAAGUGGCACAUUCCCACAAGCUGUGAAAAAGGUUCAGCAGGCGAGAGAAAAGAAGAAACAGCGCUGAUACGAACACGGAAAUAUU